AUGUCCACCCGCAGAAGCCCGUCUUCUAGGAAGCGCCCUCUGCGUUUACCAACCAUUGCGCCCAAAGACGACGUGACGCCUUUGCGAUCCCAUGAUACCACACCGGUGGCUACCAAAGCGACAGUGAUACAGCCUCGCCUGCGCUUUCCGCCGCGAUCGAGAACUGGGUGUUGGACAUGUAGACAAUGCGCACGGCUGGGCCAUGUUUGUGACUACCAACCCCGGCUGUGCUUUCGGGAUGACACCCGCCGGGUUAUGGAACGUAUGCCUGAUGUCAAGACAAAAGGAAAUUUCGUUUGGGACCGUGAGCAUGCCCCUAACUCGACAAAUUCCAAAGAGGAACGUCUUGGUACUUCGGAUUCAAUACCCUGCGACUUGCUCCCAGAUUUCUCGAAGCUUACUUCAGAUGAAGACCGGGAGAAAAAAGCGCAAGGGUCGGUUCCGGGCACAUACCAUGUCGUUGCGGUUCCAGAGAGUUUCGCACGCCUUCCAGAGUAUACUGAGGAUGCGUUUGAAACCGUACCUGGCGACUCAUACUGGAGUCCCCCAUCCGAGUACAAUAGUCAUGACCUGAUGGAUGAGGUCACUACAUCCGAAGACCCCAACGUGGUGAUCCUGAACCAGUUUAGAGACUCUAGGAAACAUGGAUAUUCCAGUCGUCGGAGCCAUACGCGAUCUCCGGAAUCCGAACUAGGUCCCACUUCCGUCUCAUUUGAGACGCAGUAUACUUCGUUGCAGAGCAUUCCGGAGUAUGAGAUAUCCGAGUCCAUUGAUCUCGAAGCAUACGACAUGACGCUCCUCGAUCACUUUCAAAAUAUUGUAUGGAUGCAAUUGAUCCCCGGAGACUACGGCUAUUUGGAAUCGAUCAUCUUCGAGCAAGAGGCUUCCAAUUUCCCUCCACUUCUCCAUAUCAUGAUGGCACUGUCAGCCCUCAGCUUAGUUCAGCAAGGAAAUAAUCAUUACAUGGAUGCCCUACAGUACUAUGAUCAAACGCUACCCUCUCUUCAGAGCAGCCUCCAAAACUGUGAUGAUAUUCUCUCGGAUGGGCUGUUCCUGACCCAUUUUCUCCUUCUUAUUUACCAGAUCGCAUUUACGACACCCAACAGCGGGUUGAAUUUAUGGUCUUAUCAGAUGUCCCGGUUACUCCAACUGUCCCUAUUGAGACAAUCCGUGGCCGAGCGAGAACGGUAUCCGUUCGUUAUCUGGUUGACUUGCCAUGUUGAUCUAUAUGCGCUUCUCAGCGGCGCCAGUGAGGGGGCCUAUGUUAGAGCGGCGAUUGAAAGCCAUUUACUUCCCGAAACUGAAUUUCUUCUCUACCCUGUGGGGCUCCAGAACUCAAGUGUGACGCACCCGGAAGAAUGUGACUUUCGACCCUUAAUUAUGCGGCUGUAUCGGGAAUGUUUUAUGCUUUCGGCGCGUGUCGGAUUAUUUACAGCUGAAGUGAAAAGUUUGAAAAUGGCACAUACGGAGCUCAUUUUCCGGGAGCUCGAGAACAUGCGUACAGCUUUCAAACACCUGUGGAAUUCGGAAGAAGUUCAAUUCUUCAUGGAGAGCCAGCCAAAUUUGCCAAAACCGUCUCAGCAUAGCUUUUACCAGCUAUCCAUACUCUUCCAUACCUCACUUCUUUUCACAUGCACGAGUUUCGGGCAUAUCCAGGGAGCUCAAAUCGAGACUGGACUUGAGAAAGAGAUCCAACAACAUAUCAAUGCGAUCCUGCAUUUCGCUGAAAAGAUGAUCACUCAAAGCCGUCGUAACGGUCCUCUAUUCCUCAUCUUCCCAUUAUUCUUAUCUGGUGCGGUUACAUCAUCGCAUAGCGAUAAAAUGAUAGCGUUGAAGUUACUGGAAAAGCUUGGGGGGGCAAAUUUAGGGUACAAUGUGGCGACGACAAGCUCAAUGCUUCGGAUUGUCUGUGAAACCCAACUCCAGCAUUCGCGAAGCGGAGGAAGUGUGCGGGAGAUCGAUUGGUCGGAGGUAGCAGCGAACCACGGAUUCCGGCUGGUGAACUAUGGGUGA